UAGUAGCCGUGGUCGGAAGCUGUGCACAUCCGAACGGCGUCGCUGCUUUUCGUUCGGAUGUCCUAACCUGGAAAGCCCGUUUUCCUUAGUGCGUGGUCUUUUAUUGACUCCACCGCCGGGAACUGAAGUGCCAAUAAGAUGUCGAACAUCAAGGUGGCAGUGAGGGUCAGGCCGCCGAUUGAAAGGGAGAUCAAGAAUGGCGAGAAGCCCAUCUGGAAGACACGGGACAAUACAAUAUAUAUGGAGUCUGGAAAAAUCAACACGUUUCACACAUUCGACCAUAUUUUUGACUCCAACAGCACCAAUCUUCAGGUCUACCAACAGUACUGCCAUCCAAUUGUGGAGUCCGUCAUGCUUGGCUUCAAUGGGACCAUCUUUGCGUUUGGUCAGACGGCCUCUGGCAAGACUCACACUAUGAUGGGAAGCAGCAGCCAGCCUGGACUUAUCCCCUUAACCAUUGAUGCUAUUUUUGACAUCAUUCAAAAUAUGCCAGAACGGGAGUACUUGGUACGUAUCUCGUACAUUGAAAUCUACAAUGAAAACGUCCUGGAUCUUCUGGACAAAGACUACGGGAAAAAAAAUCUCCAGAUUAGGGAAAAUUUGGAUGGCCAAGCUGUUAUAUCCGACUUGACAGAGGUUGCAGUUAGCUCUAAAGAAGAGAUCAUGUCCGUGAUGAAUGGCGGCGAAAGUCUCCGCCACGUGGCCAGCACCGAAGCAAACCAGCGAAGUUCCCGGUCGCACGCGAUAUUCAGGAUGGUGAUCGAAAGCAGUCUCAGGGAUGGAACAGAUGGUGCCGUCUCAGUGGGCCAAUUGAACCUGGUGGACCUGGCAGGCUCGGAACGAUCGGAGCAGUGUGGGGACAGUGUGGGAGAACGUUUUCGAGAAAGCUCCCGCAUCAAUGUCUCUCUCUCGUUCCUCACACAAGUCAUUUCCAAACUCAGCCGAGGAGAAAGAGGUCACAUCAACUUCAGGGACUCCAAACUGACUCGCAUUCUUAGAAACUCCCUAGGUGGCAACUCGCACACUGCCAUAGUAUGCACAGUCAAUCCCUGCAGCAUGGAGCAGACGCUCAGCACACUCAAGUUUGCAAGCUCUGCAAAGAAAAUACAAAACACUCCAACGGUGAACGAGAUUCUCACAAACGAGGCUCUGAUCCGCCGCUAUCAUAUGCAAAUUCAAGAGCUCAAGGAUCAAGUGAAGGUCAUGGAAGAGACACAUCUGACGAAGGCUCUUGAGGAAAAGAACACCCAGAUCGACGAGCUCAAGAGCAAGGUUUUGUCGCUGGAGAAUAAACUGCUCGUCUCCACCCUUCCACAGAAGCGAAAACAGCGCAGAGAGACGUGGGCAGCGCCAAGGAGCAUCAGCAGCUUGCCUAGGCCGCUGGUUAGCCCACUGCCCCAAUGGACACCUUCGCCUCCAUGUGCAAUGGAGGAAAGUCCAGACAUGGGGCGAGGAGGUAGACUUUCCACUGUCCUCGAAGAAACAGAGUCAUUCAAUGCCAUUACUCAUGACGACUUUGAAAAGGAGCUUCAGAGGGAAGAGAGGAUUCGGAGGUCAGCUGCUCUUCAAACAAGCGACUUAUCAAAUACUUGCUGCAGCACCACAUGCGCUGAAAGAAUUUCGUUCUUGGAGAAUGAACUCAAGAACCUGAGGAAAGAGUACAAGGAGCUGCAGGAGCUCACUACGCUGGAACGAUUAAUGUGCAAGAGGCUUGUUUUCUACGGGCUGGCUUCGGUGUUUGUGUUCCUGCUGUGGGCCCCUCCGACUGUCUUGCAGUGGCCUCUUUAUGCGCUGAAGGCACUGUGGAAGGACCACUACGACCAGCAGGAGCUAAAAAAGCAAGAUUAGUUUUCUUGGUGCGAUUGAAUACAUGCCACAUGCAAACCAGAAAAAUCAUCUUGUAUUACUUGUGGGUCAGGAAUAAAGAAAUUUACGUG